UUAUUCUUGCGCGUCGUGAGGCGAGUUGUGAACCUUACCAGUGGACCCGUCUCUCGCCAUCAGCCUGGGAGAAAGCACAGCAACCUCGCCAGAACGAGCUCCAGUCGCUGCUUUUGAGGCAUGGAGCUGCGAAUAGUGCAGUCCACGGCUAUCCCCGCUAAGGCCGCUGACUCCGUCGCAGUCCCCUCGACUGACGCAGGAGCGGCGCCGCACUCGCAGCACGCGGCGAUCACGCCGCCUGAAGCGGCAGCUCUCGUGCCCGACGAGGACUUUUCGGACCUUGAAGAGACGCGCUUCUGGGAGGACGAGGGCGAGGACGUGGAGGGCCGCAUCGUCGUUAGAAUCGUCGGCAAAUACCUCCCAGCUCACGUAUUCCCCUCAGACCACGUGGAGCGCUACAUUCACCACAAGCUACACGAGCUCUUCUCAUUGGCUGGCGCCGACCGCCACGUCAGCAUCCUGUACAUCCACACGGAGUGCGAGGCCCUCAACGACAACCCCCUCGCCCUCCUCUCCUUCCGAACCAUCUUCCAUGGCCUUGCCCCGAACCUCCGGCUGAGGGUCGGUGCGGUGUACAUCCUCCACCCAAGCCUCACUCUCAGGCUCGGGCUCUGGCUGCUGUCACCAUGGCUCAGUGACAGCAUCUACUCGCGUGUGGCGUUCAUGAGCCGCGUUGAGUUCCUCGCAGACCACAUCCCUCUGGACGAGGUGGACCUGCCUGCCUUCUGCCUGGAGCACGACCGCAAGCUGGAGGCGCACCCCCUGCUGGACUACGGCUUCCAGCUAGACAGGGCUGCAGCCACCCAGCACCUGCCACUGGGGCUGUAGCGGCUGUAGCUGCUGUAGCUGUUGUAGCUGUUGCAGCUGUUGCAGCUGCUGCAGCAGCUGUAGCCUUUAUACGGUAGUGUCCCCCCUCCUGCCACACUCCUGCCAGAGGUGUUGAGGAUGUUGCAUCUGCGGUAUGUCAGCUGUAGCCAGGUGGCAAUGCCGCAAUGUACAGAAGCUGACUUGUUAUAAUACUGCUCAACCAUAGGCAUCAA